GAAACCCUAACCCAGCUCCCGAAUCCCCUCCCUCCAUACACCGCGCCCGCUUCUGCCGUCUUUGCCUGAACCCUAACCAUAUCCGCCGCUUCCCCCGCCGCGCCGCCGUCACCAUGCAGAUCUUCGUGAAGACCCUCACGGGGAAGACUAUCACCCUUGAGGUGGAGUCUUCCGACACCAUCGACAAUGUCAAGACCAAGAUCCAGGACAAGGAGGGCAUCCCUCCGGACCAGCAGCGCCUCAUCUUCGCCGGAAAGCAGCUCGAGGACGGCCGGACCCUCGCUGACUACAACAUACAGAAGGAGUCCACCCUCCAUCUCGUCCUCCGCCUCCGCGGCGGCGCCAAGAAACGCAAGAAGAAGACAUACACCAAGCCAAAGAAAAUCAAGCACAAGAAGAAGAAGGUCAAGCUUGCCGUGCUCCAGUUCUACAAAGUGGACGACUCCGGCAAGGUCACCCGCCUCAGGAAGGAGUGCCCCAACGUCGAGUGCGGCGCCGGGACCUUCAUGGCCAAUCACUUCGAUCGCCACUACUGCGGCAAGUGCGGCCUGACCUAUGUCUACCAGAAAGCCGGAGGCGAGUGGCAGUUAAGUUGGUCAUAAACAGAAUGAAAUUUGAGCAAUGUGGUGCUUAGCUAUCGUGCCCUUGUCUAAUUAAGUGGCCUUGGGCAUCCAUUUGAUAGCAAAAUGUACAUUUUGUCUGAUGCAGAAAAAGAAACUUUUUUAGGCCCUUAGGGGGCCUUGUACUUGUCUUCCUGUUAGGCUAGCUUGAUUUGAAUUGGAUGGGAGCUCAUUGAGAAGCUUGAUUUUUUGAUGCAAGUAGCACGGAGCACUGUGAGUCUGGAAUCUUUUGCAAGCUUAAGGUUUUUUUCUUCUUAUUAUUGUAAAAUAACUAGUAUUGAUGCAUGAUGAUGCUAAGUUGUUUGAUACAAAUUUGUUGUGCUGUGUAAAUGUAAAGUUGCUCAUUUGACUCAUGAGUUGCGUUCCGUACCAGGACUAAUAGGCAUGUUCUUGUUUAAUGUU